AUGAUGCCUUGCAAUGUCUUCUCUGAUAUUUCGUUCCUAACUGUCCUUGAUUUUUACCAGGUCCCAGUCCAUGAUCAUGAACAGGAAGAACUUGUGAAGGAGAAAGCAAUUCUAGGAGCAGCCCAGGAGUCGUCUGGUGGCCAGCUCCAAACCUUGGAAGAGCAGCCUCAGUGGAACUUGCAAGGCAUGUGCCCGGUUCAGGAGAUUGAUGAUGAGGCUGGGACUUGGAAUGUGGAGUUAGCCCCAGAGAGGGAUCUGUCUAAAGAAACGAAAUCUCAUGUGGAAGUACCUGAAAAAUUGAAUGGUAAUAUCAUUCCAGUGCCUGAGUGUGGAGAGACCUGUGACCACGAAGGCAGAUGGGAAAGGCAACGGGUAAGCUCUUCAGUGGAGAGACCCUAUAUCUGUGGUGAAUGUGGGAAAAGCUUCACCCAGAAUUCCAUCCUCAUCGAGCACCAGAGAACACACACGGGCGAGAAGCCCUAUGAGUGUGAUGAAUGUGGGCGGGCCUUCAGCCAGCGGUCAGGCCUCUUCCAGCACCAGAGGCUCCACACUGGGGAGAAGCGCUACCAGUGCAGCGUUUGUGGUAAAGCCUUCAGCCAGAACGCUGGGCUUUUCCAUCACCUCAGGAUCCACACGGGGGAGAAACCUUACCAGUGCAGUCAGUGCAGUAAGAGCUUUAGUCGACGUUCUGUCCUCAUUAAGCAUCAGAGAAUUCACACUGGAGAAAGACCUUAUGAAUGUGAGGAAUGUGGCAAGAACUUCAGUUACCACUGCAACCUUGUCCAGCAUCGGAAAGUCCACCCUGUGGCUGAAUCCAGCUAGCUCCUUGGAACAGGUAGGGCAAAAUUUCAUGAUGUCAGACCACUAGGCAUGGUAGCAAGGGUCCUGGUUCUUACUUUGUCUCUGAGAGAACAAUAAGAGAUUAAUCCUCUAGUAUAGGAAGCUCCAAGGAAGACCAGUGAAAACGUUCUUAUUUUUAUGCUGAGAGAUGCAUAAUAUCUUAAAUAUAUCUGUCGGAAUCUCUUUGGUCAGUGACAUCCAUACUUUGCAAUACUGAAUAUUGUGUUGACUUCAUCAACAUAAUCUCACACACAUCUGUUCCAAAAGUCUUCUACAUGUACUUCAGGAAAACUCCUUCAUCCUAGUUUUUAAAAACUUUAAAAAAAAAGUCUUAAAAAUUAUAUGCAGCCUGAAUACAAAAUGUCAAAUGUAGUUCACUGAGUAUUUAAAAAUUAAUUUAAAAAUAAUUGCAGUAAAAUCUGUAAUGUAAACUAUUAGAUUAGUUUCCAUUCACAUAAGAUAGGAUAACUUGCUUUUAACCUACAAAAGGGGGCAGAUGAAUCCUCCCAUAAAUAUACAGAAGGCUUCUCCCUGUAGAGGUUUAGUAAUUCAGCCUUCAGUUUAGGAACCAAGGUAUUGAAGCAACCAUAUAUUAUUAGUAGCUCAAUGGCUAGUCAUAACAAAUAUUGCUCAUGAUUUUAAAUUUUGCAAAGACCAAGACACUUAGCUAAAAAUCUGAUAUCUCACUUCAGAUAUUUAUUGUGAAAAUAUAGGCCUCAUUGUAUUUUUCCUGUGACUUAUGAGCAUUUUGGGGUUUUUCUUUAUUUAAACUUUUGUUAUAGAAAAUUUCAAACAUAUACAAAAGUAGACAGAAAAGUAUGAUCAGUCUUGCAUGUUGAUUGCUUUUUAUAACCUCCAUGCCUCUCAGCACUACCUAUUGAUUAUUAUCAAGGUCAUACAUAAAAAGAUUUCUUUCCCUUAACACUGACUGAGUGUUAAAAAACUUUAUACUAAGGCCAGGAGACCAAAAAAAUGAAAAAUCUAUGGUGAUAACAGUCUGGAUUGGAAUACCAAAUACACACACAGGUAACUUAAGAGUAAUAGAAACGCUCUAAGGGACCUCAGAGAUCACUUCUGCUUGCCCUUAUUUGACAGAUAUGGAAACAGAAGCUAUAGGAAGUGACUGUGUAAGAUCAUACAGCUAGUUAAUGGAGCUGGAACUAAAACCCUCUCUCCUAAUUCCUAGUGCAAUGCUCUUUCUACUAAGCCACUGGAAGCACUGUGUUGCCAUAUAGAAUUUAGAGCACUUAUAAGGCACUGAGGUUUUGCUUUUUAGCUCAACAAACCCUCCCAUCUAUAUGUUUCAAUAAAUGUACAGCCUAUUUAAUUUCCAGUGGAGUUCCAGGAAAGAUUCCUUCCACUUAUCUCUCAUUUGAGGCAUUUUAUUUUUUUUUGUAGUGAGUGAUUAUUUUUAACUUUAAAUUUUAAUUUACUUAGAAGGAGUUUUUAAAAAAAAUUCUUUCUUGACCUGGUUCUAAUAUCGAAACAACACUGAAAAAAGGUCGCUAUCUUUCCCUUAUAGGUAGUCAUUUACUAGUUUCUUAUGUAUCUUUCAGUGUUUCUUUAUAUAAGUACAAGAAAAUAUGAAUAUAUAAUCUUAUUCCCUUGUUACACAGAACGAUGGCAUACUAUUUAUAUUCUUCUACACCUUAUUUUCAUGACACAAUAUAAUCUUUUCGAGAUUUCUGCAUUAUAACAGAGGACUUCCUUAUUCUAUUUACAAGUUGACAAUAUCUCAUUUGUUGGUGCUCCAUAGUUCAACAUACUCCUACAGAUGAAAAAUCACUACUUCAAAAUGUUAUAUAUUGUUUCAUUCUUCUCCCCAGUUUAGUCCAAGUCAAACACUUUCUAUUUAAAAGCUAACAACAUCCACAUGAGCUAGGAAACAAGGUUUGGAUGACUAGAAUUACACAUAAUGCUUCUGUGGAGAAUGGAGAAGUGAUAGGUGGUAUUUUUCAGUUUCAUGUAUUUUGUUCUGUUUUAUAUUCUUAGACCUAACAUUUGAAACUAUUUGUGUCACUACUUGUGACUAAUUGGAGGUAUUAUCAACAAUCUUAGAAGAAAAAAAGUCUUAAAUGUCCUCAAGAGUAUAUUUUAUUGUCUUGAGGUUUAAAUUAUAUCCAAGAGAAAUACAUAGGGAUUUUAGGCUGAAGUUAAGGAAAAUAUAGUAGAUAUAAGUUUGAAAUAAAAUCAACUUCUCAAAAAAACUCAACUUCUCAAGUUAAAUAUAUAUUCCAUAUAGUGAUAUAGUACAUAUACUAUUACAAUCUGAGUUCAUAAGUAUUUUAAAUGUUUCUCCAAUAUGCUGAAGCAGUAUGUUUGGAUAAUUCAAUUAUAUCAGCUCUUAAAAGGUUUAAAAUAUGAGCAGAUUAGUAUUUUAGAGGAUGAAUUUCUAAUGGACUGAGUUUUUACACUUGCAGUUGAAGUUUGGAUAUUUGGUUUGUUCUGUGCCUGUUUUUUUGUUUUGUUUUGUUUACAGCUUCUCAAACAUUCUCAAUUUUCUCAACAACUGGUAAAAUGCCAAGAAACAAAAUACAUUAUAUAUGCUGUAGAGACAGAUGUACUGCUUAGAAUGCAAUGAUGGUUAACACAAUUAAAAUGACUGACAGUUCACCAAACUAACUUUCCUUGUUUUCUGAUACUAAUUGUACUAAUUCUCUCAUGCUAAUUCUUUUAUCUAGGAUGCACAUUCCUCAUUAUGUGAGAAAUAAUAUUUGUCUCAACCUAUAGACAGUGGCAUGUAGACUUUGACUUCUUCUGUGAUUAUUCCAGUCUUCCUGGCCAGAAGUCCUUAGUUGUCUCCCUUUUGCAUUUCUAAAUUUCCCUCACUUCUCCUCUCUUUUCCGCCCUGGCUCCUUUUAUUCAGCCUAUGAAGUCUCUAGUAUUGAUCUCAUUUCAGGUGUUCCCUGGACCAGUAUCCAUCCCUCCCUAUCCCUCUGAAAAGUUCAGUCUGAGAGAGCAGAUUUUGGUUUUAUGGUUGAGCAAGGUGUAAGAAAUAUUGAUUCAAAUCCAAUUAAAUAACCUUACUGGUUCUUGAAGGAUAGUCCAGCACCCCUUUGAGCACUGUUAGGACAGUGGACACUGCAUCAAAAAAUGGCUAAGUAUCUUGCAACCAAAACCUGCCUAGAGCUGUAGAUAGAGCCCUGAAGAUUCUCUUUCACUAUAAUUUUGAGUUGAAGGUCAGGAUAACAGGAGAAUCAAGUCUCUGUCCAUAUUUUAUAUUUGGAAAUGACUCCUAUUUUCUAUAUCUGACAAUACUUUUCUUUUAAAAAACAUAGUUAUAAUUUAUAGUAGAAGAUUGUUUUAUCUUUUUUUAGUAAGACAAAAAUUAUCUUAGGAAAUUUUAAAAUAAAAAUAGGUCAAAAUUAUUAUAAAAUAUAAGUAUUUUCUGUGGAAG